AUGGGCGCGAAUUCGUCGAAAGAAUCUGGCCCUGCGCCGACAUACCUUUGGAAGGGAUCUUCACCCGCCAGUGUAUCCCAGGACAUGGUUGAGUCAUUACAGUCAAGCUCAGAGACCGACACGACCCGCACCACCCUCCUCGAGUCCCAGAUCCAGGCCCGCGUAGCUGCCGAGCUCCGCAAGCUCUCGCGCGAGUCCGACGCCCAGCUCAGCUCCGUCCUGUCGAAAGUAGGCAGCUCGGGAAAGGAGGAGGGGGAGGGCAGCAAGGACAAGGACGGGGCGGCGCCUCUCUCUCAGCACGCUGUCAACGCGGACGUCGAGCGGCUGCGCAAGAAGGUCGAGGCCCGCAGGCUGGUUCGGGAGGUCCCGGAGAGCGUGGAGGAGGCGAGGGGUGAUGUUGUGCGGUGCCUUCGCGAGAACGACCGCAGACCCUUGGACUGCUGGCGGGAGGUGGAGCGGUUCCGCGAGGAGGUGAGGAGGAUGGAGAAGGGCUGGGUCGAGAGGAUCAUCUCGUAA